AGUUAAUUGAUAUAUGUAAUGUUCAAGUUUCAGAAGAUGAUGAUUAUUUGACAGAAGAAGAAACAGAGGAGGUUGUUUCUUCAGGUGAAGUUAGCUUAUCUAAUGUAGUUGAGAAGAAAGAAGACGAUUUUGUAAGUAAAAUUAGUAAUAUUGAAUUUGAAGAUAGUCAGUUUAUUUUUAGCAAUCAAAUUAUUCUUAAAGGAAAAU